AUGUGGUGGCGGCUGAGGGAUUUGAACCACAUCCACAUCAGCUUCAGCAUUCCUGUGCUCAAUGAAGCCUUUAUUCCAAUGGUUCAACGUGUAGCAUGUCUUCACAUGCACUCCAGCUAUCAAUUCCUCAUUAUAUUCACCCCCCUCCAAAUGGUCGGCAGCACCACACCUGUGUGCACCGUGUGCAAGAAUGUGCACCGUCUCACCCUUGAUGACAGAUCUCAGAUCAUUCGACUUAACAGCCAACAACUGCCUUUGCUCAUGGCUGUGCUGCUACAGCAGUUGACACUGUGUGAAAUCAACCAUCAAGACAAUGAGGGAAUGACGGCCCUCCACUGGGCUUCUUUCCAUAACCGGCCCGAGCAUGUGCAGGCCCUGCUGCAGAAAGGAGCCGACCCCACGCUUGUGGACAAAGACUUCAAAACAGCUCUUCACUGGGCUGUGCAGAGCGGCAGCCGGUUAAUGUGUUCUCUCAUUCUUGAGCAUCAUCUGGGUGCCUCUGUGAUCAAUUACGAUGAUGAGAACGGGAAGACCUGCGUUCACAUAGCCGCUGCUGCGGGUUUCAGCGACAUCAUCUAUGAACUGUCUCGCUUUCCUGAGACCAACCUGCAAGCUUUAGACGUGGAUGAACGGACCCCUCUUCAUUGGGCUGCUGCAGCAGGGAAAGAUGACUGUGUGCAGGUAUUGUUGGAGCUGGGAGUGGAGCCCAACCCUCGAGAUAUUAAUGAGAAUACGCCACUCACAUACGCCAUGUACUGCGGUCAUACUGCAUGCAUCAAACUCCUCUCCACUGAAAACAGGUUUGUUGUUGUGAAUAGAGAGCGGGAUGUCUCCUCUGGGCCAUACCCCUCCCAAGUGCAGCAACACAGUUCAUGUCACACGCCAUACAUACAGAGAUAUGACCAAGCUCACAAUCAUCUCUUUCCUCUGAGGGUCAGAGAAUCUGCUCUCACACGUAACAGUCUGGCUCCUAUCCGUGACCACUGCACUCACAGAUUUUCCUUGCCACCCGACCAGGUCUCUCAGGGAGUGAAGAAGUCGAAAUCCUCUUUAGGAGCGGGCCUGGCUGUACUUUCCCCUCCGUUUGCAUCCAAACUGCACCGAGCCGGCAUUCCUCAAAGCCAGUCGCUCGUCUCCUUCCCGACGCCGCUGACAGGAGAGCCUUUACGAAACAUUCAAGUUCUUCCUGCCAUUCCUCCACAGAGAAAACGCAGCCCAUCUCCGCUCACAACCCAGAAUCUCUCUGACAACAGAAACUGAUGGAAAUCUGCCGGAACUGUAACACUGUUCAGCUUUUCAUGGGUCAUCUGGAUUUAUUUAGAUCACGAGGAUGCUGUUUGAUAAAACAAAGUCUUAACAAGGCCGUUUUUCAUACAAUUUUACAACUGUGAUCUUUUUUAUGGUAUGCAAAUGGUUGAAAUUUUAACA